AUGAAAAUUACGAUUUCGUACAAAAUGUAUGCUUCAAAAAUAAGUGUACCUGUGCCAAAAAUAGAAGAUCGAAUCUUUAACAAACCUUUGCUAUGCGGACCAGGUCCCUGUGAUGUUUGGCCAUCGGUGGGUGAGGCACUCACUCGACCAGUGUUGUCACCAAUAUGUGACGAAAUGUUUAAUGUGUUUGAUGAUAUGCGAGCCGGAUUAAAAUACUUAUUUCAAACGAAAAGUAAUCUGGUAUUAGCAAUCAGUGGUUCAGGUCACAGCGGAAUGGAAACGAUCAUCUCUAACCUUGUGGCACCUAAGGAAACCCUUUUGAUUGCAAGUAGAGGCAUCUGGGAUGAAAGAGCUUUUAACAUUGCAAGAAGAUAUGGUAUCAACGCGGUACAGAUUCGUGUUCCUUUCAACUCUACAUUUAGUUUGGAACAGAUUGAGCUUGAGUUAAAGAAAGUAAAACCGACAGCACUUUUCAUUACACAUGGGGAUUCUUCUACGGGUACCGUUCAGAAUCUGAUAGGCCUUGGAGACCUGUGUCACAAAUAUGGAACGCUUCUUCUAGUAGAUACAGUAGUGUCUAUAGGUGCAGUGCCAUUCUUCAUGGACGAAUGGGGUAUCGACGCAGUGUAUGCCUCAGGGCAGAAAGCACUGAGUGGCCCCGCCGGCAUAUCCCCGGUUGCAUUUAGCGCACGAGCCGAAAAGAAAAUAAACGAACGAAAACAUGAUCCACCAUUUUACUUCGACAUCAAGUUGUUGGCACAGCAAUGGAACUGCUACGGGAACACACGAGCAUACCACCACACUAUAAGUCCACCUCUUAUCUGGGCACUACGUUGUUGCUUACAAGAGAUAUGUAAAAUUACUUUACCAAAAUUCUGGGAGAGGCACGCUGAAACUACCGCACAUUUCUACAAACGGCUGCAAGAAUUUGGUUUUAAGUUACUUGUGCCAAGACCUGAAGACCGCUUAGCAACAGUUACCACUGUUGUUUUGCCAGAUGGCUAUGAUUAUAUUCAAUUCGUAAAAUAUAUGAGAGACAGGCACAAUAUUCUAAUAUUCGCAGGCCUUGGGCCCACAGCUGGCAAGGCUUUACGAAUUGGCAUAAUGGGAGUCAACUCAACUAAUCAGGUUGCAAACGCCAUAGCUGACGGAAUGAGGGAGACAUUGAAAGCUCUAACUAAAUCAUCACUU